AUGCUUUUUCUCUACUUAAGGGCCAUUCGUAUGCUGGGAGUGGAAGAGUGGCGCUACGCGGAGAUGGCCGCAAUAAGGCGGCAGCAGUUUCGCUUUUCAGACAUGCAAGAUGCCUACGACUUAUCUCAAGCUGCAGCAGAAGGUAAGCAGCAGCAGCAGCAGCAGCAGCAGCAAGUUCUGCAGCAGCAACUGCAGCAGCAACUGCAGGAGCAACUUGCAGCAGCAGCAAGCGCUGGCACAGCAACUGCUGCAGCAGCGCUGCCGCAGCAGCAGCAGCAGCAGCAGGAGCAGGAGUUUGCCCCCGUUUUUGCUGCGUCUGUCGCCAUUUGCUGCUGCUGCUGCGCUGCUGCUGCUGCUGCUGCUGCUUCUGCUGCAGCGCUGCAGUACUACCCUGUGAAGGAAGUUCUCGCGGGACCUUCGAACUUAUAUUUGUUCAACAAAGAUUUAAUUUUGUCUUUAAUAGACCAUUAUUUGGGGCCCCACAACUUGCGGCUGUUUCUGCUGGACAAGCAGCGGGGGGCCCGGGGCCCCCUACUUGAACCCAGGUACCAAAUUCGGUACUCCCGGGGGCCCCUGGGGGCCCCCCUGCUGGCCCGCUGGGGGGCCCUCUUCUCCCUCAGCAAGGGGCCCCUUCUUGCUGCGCUGCAGCAGCACGGCCUCUCCCUCCCGGGGCCCAACCCCUACCUUCUCCCGCUGCUGCAGCAGCAGCCCGUCGACCAGCAGCAGCAGCAGCAGCAGCAGCAGCAGCAGCAGCAGAACCCACACCCCACACGCCUUCUCUUCCCAUCCGGCCAUCUCUGCAAUCCCGCGGGACACCUGGGGGGCCCCUCUCGCCGCAGACCCUUGGGGGCCCCUCAAGAGCCCUUGGGGGCCCCUCAAGGGGGGCCCCUGGGGGCCCCUGAGGAGCCCUUGGGGGCCCCUGGGGAGGCAACUGCGGCAGAGGCUUCAGAGGGGCCCCUGGGGGCCCUCGGGGAGUCCUUGGGGGCCCCUGAAGAGCCCCUUGGGGCCCCCGGAGAGGGGCCCCCGGGGGGGCCCCUGGGGCCCCCAGAGGAGCCGCUGGAGGCCCUCAAUGAGGGGCCCCCCUCAGAGCCCCUGGGGCCCCCCUCAGAGCCCCUGGGGCCCCCCGGGGGCCCCCCGGGGGCCCUGCAGCAGGGGGCCCCCGCUGAACCCGCGGGGGGCCCCCCGGGGGGCCCCCCGGGGGCCCCUGACUCGGGAAUUGUGUGCAAUGUUUUUCACAAAAAGGAUUUGCGUUUCAAAGUUCCCAAGACUGCAGUGUCUUUGGACUUUUACUUCAAACCUCCCUCAGGAGACAAACUGCAGCAAUUCAUUUUUGCUGAACUUUUUGUGCGCCUCGCGAACUUGUCCUUAGCUGAGGCCUUCGACGAUUCCGCCCGAGCCGGCUUCCGCCUGUCCUUCUCCCUGGGCGUCCGCGCCGGGGCAGCCUCGAGGCCCUUUGCUUUGGGGCUGCAUGCAUUUGGCUUUUCUGCGGGCAUUCCCCAGCUCCUUUUGGCUGCUGCUGCUUGCCUGGGGGCCCCCCCUGCUGCAGUUGGGGAGGGGGCCCCCUUGGGGGCCCCGGAGCCGCUUUCAGGGGCCCCCGGGGGGCCCCAGGGGCCCCCAGGGGGCCCCUCAGGGGCCCCAGAGGCGCUUCCAGGGGCCCCCGGGGGGCCCCCGGGGGCCUCCGGGGGCCCCUCGGGGGGCCCCCCCGGGGGCCCCCAGGGGCCCCCGGGGGCCCCCCGAUGCCCCGCAGAACCCUUUUUGCAGCAGGAGCUUCUGGGGCCCGCGUGGGAGUCUUUAGAAACUUCUAUGAAAGUAGCAGCAGCAAAUAGAAGCCCCGGAAGACAGGCUAUGGAUGCCUUGGCACAGUUUGUUGCUGCUCCCUUCUUUGCCCCGCAGCAGCUGCUGCAGGCCCUGGGGGCCCUCAAGGCGAAGUACCUGCAGGGGGCCCCCCUGCUUGAGGAGUCGGAGUUUGAAGAAGCAAAAGAACAAAAAGAAGAAAAAGAAAUUAAAAGACAAAAAGAAAAAGAAGAAAUAAAAAGACAAAAAGAAGAAACAGAAAAAGGAUUUCAAAAACUCUACAAAGAUCUCGUCGAGUGGGGAAGAAACGCCUUCCACGAAGUCCACGUAGAAGGCCUCAUACAGGGCAACAUAGGAGCUUCUUCUGCUGCUGCUUUGCUGUCGGAUAUUCUCGAUUUGCUGCCAAUAAAGCGCGCCAUAAGUGCAGCAGCAGCAGCAGCAAAGUUGCAAGUGCUGCCUUUAGAGGCCCUCAGCAGCCCCCGCCCAGAGGCCCCCGCGCGGGUGCCGCUGCACACCCGCAGCGCGCCUGUCCGGCGUGUGCGGCAGCAGAGGCCUUCAGCAGCAGCAGCAGCAGCAGCAGCAGCAGCAGCAGCAGAGGGGGCCUCCCAGGAGGCAGGGGCCCCGAGAGCCCCUGAGGGGCCCCCCGCGGGGGCCCCUUGGGGUCUUAACGCGGGGGCCCCUGGCGUACUUCACGCGGGGGCCCCUGGGGGGCCCCCCGAGGGGGCCCCUCUGGAGAGCUGGGGGCCCCCAAGGGCAGCAGCAGAAGCAGCAGAAGAGCAGCAGGGGCCCCGCGAGUCUUUGGCGGAGACAGAGGAAGAAGCAGCAGCAGCAAAAAGGAAAACAAAAAAAGAUCUUCAAGAAAAAAAGAAAAUUCCAAAAAGACUUCAAAUCAUCAAACGAAAUGUCAACCUCUACGACCCCAAGAACCACACACUACUCGUGGUCCAGGCUGGCAGCAGUUUGUCUCUGCGGGAAAAGGCACUUUUGUGUUUGGCAGUGCACGAAAUGUCUCAGUCGUUUUUUAACGUUUUGAGGACAAGAGAACAGUUGGGGUAUUCUGUUCAAAUGGGAAGUUUUCGAUUGGAGAACUUUUUAUAUUUUUUCUUCAAAGUGACUUCUCCAGUGGACCCGCAGCAGGUGCAGCAGCGCAUUUGGCGCUUCUUAGCAGCAAAAAGGAAAGUGCUGCUGCAGCAGCAGCAGCAGCAGCAGCAGCAGCUGCUGCGCCUCAAAGCAGCAGCAGCAGCACGCUGGCGCAAACAGCCACAAGCUCUUCUCGGCGACUUCGCCAGAAAUCUGCAGCAAAUCCGCAGAAGAGAAUAUCUUUUCGACUUCCACGAACGCAUUGUCCAAGAAAUCGAGAAAGUUGAAAUGGGCGAAAUGGAAGCUUUUAGAGAAAAGGCUCUUUUUGGGGGCCCUUCUGUUUCAGUUCAGGUGUACAGCCAGUUCGAAGUGCCCAAAGAGAGGCCCCUCAGGGCUUAA